CGCGGCGGCCGGACCGGGCUAGCUGGCGGGCGGAGCCGGGCCCGCGGGGCUGCCGCGGGGCGAUCGGGCCGGGCUGCGGGCGGCGCCAUGGGCCCUUGCGUCCAGCCUGAGUUCCAGCCUCGCUGAGCCGACCGCCCUGCGAGCUUCCUCCCGCGGAAGCGUCCCCAGGCGCUGACCAUGUCUAUUAUGGACCACAGCCCCACCACGGGCGUGGUCACGGUCAUCGUCAUCCUCAUCGCCAUCGCGGCCCUGGGGGCCUUGAUCCUGGGCUGCUGGUGCUACCUGCGGCUGCAGCGCAUCAGCCAGUCGGAAGACGAGGAGAGCAUCGUGGGGGAUGGCGAGACCAAGGAGCCCUUCCUGCUGGUGCAGUACUCCGCCAAGGGACCGUGCGUGGAGAGGAAGGCCAAGCUGACCCCCAGCGGCCCAGAAGUCCACGGCUGAGCCGGGAUGCCGAGGCCCCCAGGCCCGCUUGCAGCCGGUGCGGAGGCGCGGGCGGGGGCCGCUGAGAGGCGGGGCUGACGCUUGCUGGCACGGCCUCGCCGGGCUUCUUCACCGCAUGCACGGACUCCCGACGUCCUGGCCGUCCUGAGCCAGGCCCCGGUGGCCCCGGGCGUCCCCUCGGCCUCCUGGUGGGACUGCCCAUUGCAGGCAGUGGGCAGGCCUGACCUCGCCGGGGCUCUCGACCCCGUAGCGCUCUUGUUACUUGAAUGUUUAGCUGAGCCUGUUCCGGACGGAGCUACUUCUGUAACGCGGGGACUCACAACCCUCCGAAGUGUAAAUAGGCCCCGGAAGCAUGUGCUUAGAGCCUCGUUUGCUGAUUUUUAACGAUCCCGUGUAGAGCACGUGGGACCGACCGUAGCGAUGAUGAGCCGACGCAAGGCUCCGCCGGGGGCGGGGGCCUGGGACACGGGAGGGCCCGCGGUGCACGGCGCAGGGGUCUCCACACAGGCAUGUGCAGGCAGAGGACGUGACCCGUCCGUUCUCAGUGUCGUGGCUCAGCAGCUGGGGUGCUGUGGGGAUUUCUGCUUGGCUGGCAACGGAUGGAGGAACCACACGCCCCUGCUUCGGUCGCCGGAGACCAGUUCCUGUUGAGAGCGGAGUUACUGCAAGGAGGCCGCUGCCGCUGGCGAGCCGGUGAAGGACGAGUCAGGGCACGCGUCCCGAGGGCUGCCGGGCGGCCUGGCGGCGGAGCAGUUUCUCGAGCAGGCCGAACGCUCUCCCCCCUGCCCACCCCCGUGCUGUCCCCCUCCCCGGCAUCACUUAGCGCAGGCUUCGCUGGAAACACCAGAGCCCAUAGCCCCGACCUUCAUCUGAAACCCAGCCCGCCCGGGAAAGAGGAACUCGUGCUUUUUUGUUUGUUGUAUUUAGUAUUUUCUGCACUGGAGGGUGGGGGGAGGUUCGAGGGGUUUUUCCCUCCCCCGUUCACACAUUAGUUUCCUUUCUUCUCAGAGUACCACCCACCUGCUGGGUCCCGGGCCCCUCCUUCCCUGGCGGGCCACCUGGGAGAGUACCCGGACCUGGCUCGGAGAGCCCCGAGUGCGGCCCAGGGUUGUGAGCACAUCACCUGCCUGACGGCCCCCUGGUACAGGGAGCCUGGGGGGGGGGGGGGGGGAGAGUGAGUGUCAGGUUCAGGACCCGGUUUCCACGAAGAUGAGCUGGUGGCUGUCUCGGUGAGGCCGGCACCCCCAAAGCCUGCAUCCCCAAGGCGUCCCACUUGGGUGAACUCGCUUAGAUUGUGAAUCCCAAUCCCGAAGCACAUCCUCAGCUAUGGUGAUUAAAAUGUGGCUUGUGUAGGCAUCCUUCGUAGUAAACUGGGGGCCGGCCCGGGCUUCACCUGGGAGCCCUGGCCCUCGGCGGCUUCCACCCCACUCCCAGCCCACCCCGUCCUCCUCCCAAGCUCUGGCCUCCUGCUCAGGCUGGCCGAGGCUCCUCUGGCCUCACCAAGUCUCCUCAACAAAGCAUGUUGAACUCAUCUACUUUCUGGAACCCCCAAGGAAGGAGCUUAGGAACACUUCAUUUUGGCGGCACUUAAACUGGGGGUCAAACGUGAAGUAUCAGCUCGGGGGGAGGGAGGAGGGUAGCUCUUCAGCUGGGUGAGCUGAAGGCAGGAAUGAGAUGCCCCAGGGGGCUACCCAGGAGCCCGGGCAAGGCAGGCGGCUGGGCCUUAUUUAGCCCAGGAGAGAUGUCGGCCCCUAUAUGGGGAUGGCCGAGCCUGAGAAGUCAGGCAAGACCCCCUCGGAGCCCCCGGGGGCCGGAGGGGGCCAGCUCGUUCCAAGAUGCUGGGCAGAUCAGGGAGAUGGCUGGCCUGCUGAAGGGCCCUCCAGACACGUGGAAGGCGUUGGGGUGUCUGAUCCGUUCUCCCCGCAUUUCAGAACUUCCAGGCUUUCUACCUCUCCUUCCCGCAGCCAGCCAGCAGCA